CGCGAGGAGGUGGGUCGUCGGAAACAGAAUGCACAUCACUCCAGAAGAGCCGCCGCAGCACCAGAGUUCCGGUACCGGACAUGUAUGCGGAUCCACCUCCACGGAUCUAUACGAUUCACUGGACAUUUACUUCCCUAAACAACUCUUCACCGUCGAAGAAACCUGGCUCAACCUCGCCGCUGAUCUUCACUCCUUCUUCUCCUCUCCGACGGGCCAAAACAUCGCUUCUCAGGUGAAAAAUGAUUUCGGAAACUAUGUCCUGUCACUGGACUUUCAGCAGUUCAAAGCAAUGUGUCAUGUUGAGGAAUUUUAUGAAAUGUUAAUGGAGAAACCGAAAAUUGCUCUCUCAUGUAUGGGCGCUGCCGUUCACCAGGUUUUGCUUUCCAAUUGGGAGAACGACAAGCAGGAGCUCGAUGGAAAGGUAGAUAUCCGGCUUCAUAACUGUCCUGAAACCAUGAUUGCACUGAAGAACUUAAAAGCAGCUUACAUAGACAAGCUUGUCUCAGUGCGUGGAACUGCUGUGAAAGUCAGCACUGUGAGGCCUCUUGUGGUAGAAAUGAGUUUUGAAUGCAGUAAGUGUAAACAAGUAGUUACGCGUAUAUUUCCUGAUGGAAAAUUUUCACCUCCAUCAACUUGCAAUUUGAAUGGCUGCAAGAGCAAAAAUUUCAAUCCAUUGCGAUCUACUGCCAAAACCAUUGAUUUUCAAAAAAUAAGAGUUCAAGAAUUACUAAAGCAUGAAGAUCAUGAAGAAGGACGGGUGCCUCGAACAGUGGAAUGUGAGCUUACCCAAGAUCUUGUUGAUUCAUGCAUACCUGGAGACGUGGUGACUGUUACUGGAAUUAUAAGAGGAAUUAGCACUUACAUGGAUAUUGGUGGAGGAAAAUCAAAGAAUAAAAACCAAGGAUUUUACUAUCUGUAUCUUGAAGCUAUAUCCAUUAAAAAUUCAAAAUCACAGUCCAUACCUGAGGAUGCGCAAGACUCUAAUCCAAAAGCUAGGCCGACUGAGCUGUUUGAUUUGUUUUCGUUUUCUUCAAAGGAUUUAGAGUUUGUUGUCAAGUUUGCCGAUGAGCAUGGUUCAGAUUUAUUUCGACAAAUCCUUCAAUCUAUUUGCCCGUCUAUCUAUGGACAUGAGCUCGUUAAAGCUGGGAUAACACUAGCAUUAUUUGGCGGGGUAAGAAAGAAUUCUAUGGAUCAAAACAAGGUUCCUGUGCGGGGAGAUAUUCAUGUCAUAGUUGUUGGUGAUCCUGGUCUAGGUAAGAGUCAGUUGCUACAAGCAGCAGCAGCUGUUUCUCCACGUGGUAUCUAUGUCUGUGGUAACGCUACAACCAAAGCUGGCCUCACAGUAGCUGUUGUGAAGGAUGCCAUGACAAAUGACUAUGCUUUUGAGGCUGGUGCUAUGGUUCUGGCUGAUAGUGGAUUGUGCUGUAUUGAUGAGUUUGAUAAAAUGUCAGCAGAGCAUCAGGCUUUACUGGAGGCUAUGGAGCAACAGUGUGUCUCUAUUGCAAAGGCGGGGUUAGUAGCAAGUUUGUCAUCCCGAACGUCUGUCUUAGCAGCUGCGAACCCCGUUGGUGGUCAUUACAACCGGGCAAAAACUGUAAAUGAAAAUUUGAAAAUGAGUGCUGCUCUCCUCUCCCGUUUUGAUUUAAUUUUCAUACUGCUGGACAAACCUGAUGAACUUCUGGACAAGCGACUUUCGGAGCACAUUAUGUCACUUCAUUCUGGGCAUGGACAACAUUCACCGGCAUUGAAAAAGCGACGUGGAGAUCAACCUUCCGAUUCUCGAGCUGCAGUAUCACAGAAUGCUGAAGGAGUAGAUUUUAGUGUUAGACCUGGUUCUUUAAUUUCCAAGUUAAAACUUGACCCACGGAGAGACCGUGAUUUUGUUCCACUACCUGGUCAACUCCUUCGCAAAUACAUUGCCUAUGCAAGGAGUUUUGUCUUUCCUAGGAUGACCAAGCCAGCAGCAGAUAUCUUACAAAAGUUUUACCUUAAACUGAGAGAUCAUAAUACUUCGGCUGAUGGUACUCCAAUAACAGCAAGGCAGCUGGAAAGUCUAGUAAGGCUAGCUGAAGCUCGAGCUCGGCUGGACUUGAGAGCAGAAAUAACUGUCCAGGAUGCAAUGGAUGUUGUUGAAAUCAUGAAGGAAUCCUUGUAUGAUAAAUAUGUUGAUGAAAAUGGUGUCGUGGAUUUUGGUCGAAGUGGGGGUAUGAGUCAACAGAAAGAGGCAAAGCGCUUUCUAAAUGCCCUCAACAAGCAAUCAGAACUAGAACAGAAAGAUUGCUUCUCAGUAUCUGAAAUAUACAGUCUGGCAGAUAGGAUUUCGCUGAAAGUUCCCGAUAUUGACACUUUCAUCGAUAAUUUAAACAGCGUUGGUUUCUUACUCAAAAAAGGACCAAAGACAUACCAGGUUUUAUCCUCUUCUUAUUCAAGGAGCCAAUCGUUUAGGACAAGGGGCUAAACUGAAUUUGAGCGAUGUACAGUUGUUGCAGUCUGGGUUCUGCUACUGUCUCUAACUUACUAACAGCUUCAUCCUGUGUUUGUCAUCUCAUAGAAUAUGCCAUGCCUGGGCUGGGUCUAGGGACGAGGUAAAUAAUCAAUUAAUGUGUAAUUACAGGGCCAUUUUUUUUAUGUAUGGUGCAAUCUUUUUAAAAUGAUUAAUGUAGUCAAGCUAGACUAAUGUCACAUCCUCUAACAAAUCCUUGUGUGUCAACUGUAAAGUUUUGUUGGAGCUCUAUUUAAUGGAGCUCUAUUCUUCCUAUAACGUUUUGUUCCUUGAAAUUGAUGUCUAGAAAAGCAUGGAACAGAAGUAAAAUGUAAAAACAAACUUUUAGAAAUUUAUGUUGGGGCCUCUAGCAUGCACAAAAAUAAAUUUGUGCAAAGUUGCACAAAGACCAUUUU